UGUGUUUUUAUUUGAUUUAUCCAGAAACGUCCCAUUGAGAUACAACAUGUCUUCUACCAGGACAUGGAGAGGGACAGAAAACCGAGUGGACAUAGAAACAUACAUGACUCAAAUAUAACCAGCACAUAUGACAAUGAAUGAAAUCUGUUGAAGAGAAUGAAGUGUCUCAUCAAACAAAGCAGCUUUCACUUGUAGAACUCGAUAAAUAAAGUUGUAAUUGUGUGAAUGCUGGAGGAGGAUUACCUCUGAGGUUAAUUAAGUUCUUUAAUUGUCGUCGGGCUAACUGAGCUGUGAUUUGUUGUUUUCCAGGGAGGGCGGACUCUCUGCAUGAGGGAGGUGUGUCCUGUACUCUCCUGCCCCGCCCACCUCAGCCACACCCCGCCUGGACACUGCUGUCCCAGAUGUCUCGGUCAGAGGAAGGUGUUCGAUCUGUCUUUAGGAAGUUGUCUGUUCCACAGUGAGGUCUAUGAGAACGGCACUUCCUUCACACACGACAACUGCACCACCUGCACCUGCAAGGUACCGGACAGGAAGCGGAAAAUCAGCGUCUCUCACCGAGGAUCCAGCCCAUCACCUUUAAUGAAGCCUGUUUAUGUUUCUCUCUCUCCGUCUUCCCAGGAUUCAACAGUGGUGUGCAAGAGGCGGUGCUCGCGGCCGGGCAGUUGCCAGGGCGACCAGUGUUGUGAGGACUGUUUGUCCUACGUGAAGGUGGAGGAGGUGAAGUACUGCAGAGUCCGCAACAAGAUCUACAGGGAAGGAGACAUGUGGUCGUCGGUGAACUGCUCCCUCUGCGCCUGUGUUAGAGGAAGCGUCGAGUGUCGGCCCAAACACUGUGUGCCAAUCACCAGCUGCCCCUCGGUGAGUGACAGGCCCGACAGCCAAUCACCAGCCUGUGUUCGACCACCGGCUCCGUCUCUGCCGCUCUUCUUCAUCCGCUCUGCUCACGCUUCACAGCCCGUGACUCACUCUGUCAUUUUCACUGCACGUGUGUGAUCGUCCUCUGAAGUCCAGACGUUUCACGAUCUUCAGAAAGU